ACUAUAUGUGACCAGACAGUUAUCUACAGCACACAGCUUGAGAACCUCUGCUCUAUACUUUGAUAAGUUAUGCAACUAAAAGUAACAGAUGCUGGGCAGAGAUGAUAGAAUUCUCAAAAACUCUGAAUGUUCCUACAGCAAUGUUAACUUUGUCUCUCCAUUAGCGUACAUCUGAAGAGGGGCUUUCAUCACACGAACACACAACAUUGAGCAGUGCAGAAUACUGACCAUCAAUACAAUACAAUAGUUAUAACUGACUGCAGCAUGUUCUCUAAGACGACCAAACUAGACAUUGCUUCCUCAGAGAACUGGGAACAGAAGAAGCAGUGUAAUGUCUUGAAGAAACCUAGUGGCCUACCCUUCGUAAGCAAUAUCUGUCACUUGGUUUCCACUAAAUAUACUUCCAUCAAAAAGAGACACCCAUACAUCAAAUUUAUAUGUACUGGGACAGAGAAAGGAGUGAAGACCAUUAAUGAAGUUGCGGUCAGCAGUGCACAGCCGGUUCUGAAUACCCUGGAACCUCAAUCUGCAACAGUAAACUGCAAGGGUCUAGAGUCAGUGGAGGAGAAGCUGCCGAAACUUUGUCAAACCACUGAUCAGGUUGUUUCAGAUGCAAAGGACUUCAUGAGGUUUUCCAAAGUGAUGGGUGAAAAUGAUGCAGCGACCAAGACAAUAAUAGGAGUGGUCAGCCUGACCAAAGAGGCCAUCCAGACCAAUAUGGAGACCCCCAAAUCAUCAGUGAUUAAUGUUAAACCUACAGCUUUUGCAGAAGGGCCUGGAAUGGCUUCUGCUCAGCAGCGGCAAGAUUAUGACAGUUACCUACUGCGUUUGGGGUCCAUGAUGACCAAAUUCCAGCAAUGUGCUUACCAGCAUUCCCAGAGCAAGUUGCUGAAAUAUUGCAUCAUUGCCUUGAUUCAUAAAAUUACCCAACCCCUGAAGACCAUCUACCCGUUCCUACUGAUCAUUAUUGAAUACUUUCCCGUCAACUUUCAGGACAAGAUGCAACAAGUUUCCCAUACCACAGAAGUGCUCCGUGCUUCAUUCUCCACUCUUGAUUCCUUCCAAAAUCUGUCUAGACGAAUCCUCUCCCAAAUAUGGGAGAAAGUGACCAAGAAAGAGGAACAUAUGAAUGAGCUGCUGGAGUAUGUGGUGUACAGAACACCUCUGUGUUGGUUUGUGGGACCCUUCAGUGCUUUAAGAGGCAGAAUAUAAGCAAACUCCACAGAAACUGCAGAAUAUGGAUAAGAAGGGGCAUGUGACAAAUGACACUAUUUAGACUGCAGAAGAUUGGAAGCUGUUACAGGACACGACUUCCCUGUGGAGCUAAUUUAUUUGUAGAACUGUCAAGUUUGUCAAACGAAAGCUUUGAUCUUUGUGAACUCAGCUCUGAGAUUAGAGCUGAGCCUCAGAAUAGCCUGGAAAUAAAUAAAUAAAUCAGGUUCUUUGAAAG